AUGUCCGGGCAAAAAAGCACAACAUUCCGUAGUUCCGACAGCCAUCCCCGCCUUGCUGCCUCGGAGGAAGCAGCAGUAGGAUGGAACAGCCUGCGGCGAGCAGAAAGCUACGCAAAUAUCGCCGGGAGUGAGCCGGGCCCUACGGCCCGACUGCUGGAUUCCCGCGACACUUCUCUGGUGCCAACGCUGGAGCUCACUGCCUCCAUGGGCGAGAUCUCGCGCUUUCUGACAUCGCCUUCCUCGAUUCUAUGUUUGGAGGCGCAUGGAGCACCUCCUGCCGUGCCUGGCAAGACAGGGACCUGGAGCGAUGAAGGUCAUCGAAAGGACGCACGUGCAGUCCCGUUCAGGAGCACUAUCCCUGGCAGACAGGCUGUGCAAGUAGGACGCUGGCAUGCAUUUCGCAAGAGCGAUCAAGGCGAAUCUGGUGCCGGCACUCAGCCAGAGGAUCCCGAAGACCUUGAUUGGGAGGAUGUUUGGGCGAGGAAGACCUCGCCAACGAAGCUUCCCGCUGAGCUUUCAGAACUACCCUGUGAAGAGAGUAUGGAACAGGUGAAGACCGUUGUCUACCUCUCUGACGGCUCACCGGAGGGGUUAUCUGCCUCUCUAGGCGCGUUCCCUUUCGCGACCAAGAUCGGACUCAUUGCUUCGUCCACACCAUUUCUGACCGGGCGGCCUCACACUCUGUUCUAUGGCAAAUCUGUACACUCCAGUGGUGCCGUAGGACUCUGCGUCAUGUCGCCUGUCCAACCCUCUGCCCAUCUUCUGUUCCCCAAUCUGGAACCUUUAACGAAGCCCAUGUUCAUUACCGAGUCCGAAGGCAACCUAAUUCAAUCGUUGGACAACUUGAAUCCUUCGCGAUUGCUACUGUCGGCUAUUCAUCAGCAGAACACCAAAACAAAAUCCGCCGGCAACCUACCACACAGCGACAUCAUUACCAAAGAUGAUCACUUCUACAUGGCUGUUCUUCGCGGUACUCCUGAAAGGCACCAAAUAUUCCGUCUGCCUGCGCAUACGUCGCCGGACAGCCUAUCUGCAUACUUGUCACCUUCGACACAUCAGUUAAGGAUGGCGGUGACGGUAGCCCGGUCAGAUUCCCUCUCAGAUUACAACCCCGACAAGGACGCACAUACUGUCGUCCUCCCUGACACGUUCCUGGCGGCGUCGGAAAACGGGUUCAUGGUGGACCGCCGCGUGGACGAUGCGAGCGCCGGUCCAAGGGAAGAUUUGAUGAAGCGGAGCCACGCACGGUCACUCUCGAUCGAAGACACGCCCGAAAAGCUGGCUUUCAAGCUGUUGAUAUCUGUCGAAGGGUUGCUAUCUCUCGCAAGGAAAUACGCACAAGUGAGAGGUGAGAGCCAUGGUGCUCAAGAUGCUGGGACCAUCGGCAGGCUGGGCCGUGUCGAUAGGUUCAUGCUCACGACCGCCGAACUCCUCAAGGUCUUGGCUAUCUCAGUAGCCCUCAUGGAUCGUCCAGUUCCUUCGCGGUCCUCAUUGAGACCUCAAUUUGAGAAAGAAUACUGUGCUCAACUGCCGAACAUCUCGUCGGAGCUUGUUCUUGUCACUCCCGAAGCCUUGACGGCGACGGACCAGGUUCAGUCUCGUGUUGCCAAGGCCUUGUCCUCUGCAAGGCUGCAUGUCCGCAUGAUAACUAAGGGUGACAAUGGCGAAAAUGUUAUAUCCCAGCUCCGGUAUGCCUUCAUGCGUAUCCUCGAGGCCUCGAGGCUAGUCCUAGGAAAUGGCCACGGGAAUAUCACCAUCAGACAUAAUUCCGUCUCCGAGGUUAUAUACACCGGUUAUGAGCAUCGCGAGGCGGCCUUCUUUAGGAUCACAAACUCGGACGAUUACUGUACGCUCAUUCGCGAAGCCCUUGACAUCGAGCACCUCGAGGUCGUCUUUGAAACAGGUCGUUUCAAGAACUUCGAACCUGGACUAACCUUCAAUUCCAAGCAGGCAGAGUGUCUGAAGAUCCUCUCCCUGCAACAAUUUCUCCCGCUGGCUCCUAAUGGCUACCCGAACCUGGUCAAUCUCUGCUGCACGUCCUACCAGCUUGUAAACGAGUCGAGCCUGUCUCGAUUCUUGAAACUGCCCAACUCGUGCCCCAAUCUGAAGGGACUCGUCUUCCGGUCUUCCGGUCCGGCAAUCCCUGUCUCCAAGGCCUCGAAGUUCUCUCUAGACCAGCCGGUUAUUAUGCGCAAUCUUUAUUCCAUCGAGUUGAAGGACUGCAGCUGGCUGGUAGCCUCGUGCCUCUUGCGCCACCUCUCCCUUUGCGCCGAUCAUGUUCAUAUUCAGGCUCACGAGCUGAAAGCGUCCACUGCACCUCUUGAAUGGUUUGAGGUCAAACAUCUUCCAGUUGAUCCGCUUUCUCAGCCAACAUCAAAAUGGCACAUCGCUCCUAAGGGAACGUUGAGCGAAUUCAACACCGAAAUGGCAAUUAUUGGUCUGCAUUCUAUCUUCGAUGGCCAGCCCGCCUUCCUGCAACACCUCGGCAAAUUCACGGAAACAGUCGGGCUCUUCGUUGACGAGCGCGCUAUCAAGAUCAGAUACCGCGGCGAGAAGGCUUCUCUUGAUAUGGAGAUGACGUUGGAUUCGCGGAUACACCUACUGCAAGGAUAUGACAGAUGGCUUGACUUCGUUGUUACAUGGGAUCUAGCUGCUUCGUCACCGAGGACAUCGCUGAGGCCAAUCAUCGACCUGCCGACUUCAUGUCAUGAAGCUCAUUUUUCUCGCGGGGAACUAUGCAACCAGCAAGUUCCCUCCAUAGACGUCCUCUGGACCUGGGUGAACGGGUCCGACAUCCUGCUGGAGGAGGCGAAAGGCCUGGCUCAGAACCAAUAUGCAUCAGACGACCCGUACAGACCAUCCGCAUCUAUCAUGCAGGCGCGGUUGUACCGCGAGCAUGACGAAUUGAGGCACUCGAUGCGCUCUGUUCUCGAUAACUUCCGUCCAUACACCAGUCGCUUUCGCCUUUUAACCGCCGACUUCCCUAUGCCAAGUGUCGUUGCUAAUGAAAGCAACAUAACCACACCGGACUCCUGGCGCCUGGGUCAAAUCCCUCAGUGGCUCGACUUGCAGAGACAAUCGGCACCAGGUGUUUGGCAAGAUGGGCAGAUAGAGCUGUCUGUGACACAUCACGCCCAAGCAUUUCGCCCGUACAACGGUACCAACUUCAAUAGUCUAGCCAUCGAGUCUCAGUUUGAUCAUCUGGCAAAUAUCUCAGAGGUCUUUGCUCAACGCGUGUUGCUCCCAGAACGACGAUCUAUUUAUGAUGAACCCUCUGUCGCCUCGUACGGCAUCGUGCUUCACCUCCAGUCAAACCUGUUAGUCAAGCCCGAGAGGCUCUUUGGCAAAAAUCAGGGGGAAUGGCGCAGCCUAGGCGAGAGCAACUUCCUGUUGAGCCAACGCUUCGGUGCACGCUAUCGGCCCUACGUCGCACACGAGGCCAAGACUGCCUCACGCGCGCUCCUGCACGAGAUGGAGAUGAUGUGGCCGGGGUCGUUCGCGCGCACUGCGACGCAUCGCUUUCGCGAGACGAUGGCCGGUGACGGCGACGUAAACUCGAUGUUCAUGCAUUCGCACUUCGUUGUGGAGCGCGCGCGCGAGGCGUUACUCUGGGCGUGGAUUGUCGGCCGCAUUGGUGGCCUCGAUGACACGUGGGGGGAGCGUGAGGGCAGGCAGGCGUGGACAGAGCUUGGCGGUACAUGGGGUGAGAACAGUUUGCUGGUGCAGAGCGGACACAGGGAGACGCUUGUGAAGAAGCGGGUGGAGCAGGCUUUGAAGGCGAGCGGGCUCAAGCCACAGAGUCUGACCUCGUAUGCAUUUUGUGAGCGUACAUUCUACCAGAUAAAGGACGACAUUGGUGCUAACGACCGCGUAGCUUCAUUGGAUGGCUUUCCCUACUCUGGGUUAGGCAUUAACGGGGCACCAAGCUUCCUGCGGUUCUCCCCGGACGUUGAUGAGGGUCAGUUGCCACGGUGUAGGAUCUCGUACGAUGAAUGCUUCGUCGUGAGAGACUACGAGGGAAACCCCAACUCCACAAGCGAUGUGCUCAAGAACAUUGCCUUCCGUCACACCCGAUGCGGGGACUGCGUGAUCAUGGCCCUGGUAAAGGCAAGUGGACCCCUCGGCUUGUCUGCCUUCCUUCCUCCGCCGGAACGAAGCCUGGUUAGGGAUGAUCACUUAUCCAUGGAGUCGGAUGUUCCCCACCUGCCUAUCGUAGAUGACUGGCAGCGAGGGGAUUUCUCACUUCGCGCAGUCGCAGUGACGGAGCAGGACAUCAACCUCAGACAAUGGACGCUGCAACUCCUGCAACGGUACCGCUACGUGAUAGGGGACACACCGUCUAUGUUCGAACGAAUCUCAACGCCUCGACAAACGGACCUGAUCAUCAAAAGGGUCGAGAAGAAUCGGAACGUCGCUCUGCUGUGUAUAAACGACGAUGUUGCUCGCCAAGAUGACGAAGUGGGUCGAAUAUUGAAACGUUGGCUAGAUAAACGCUGGAAGCGCAUCGCAGCUUGGGAACGCCAGUGA